AAAAAAUCCGUUAUCUUCAUCUGCGUUUUAGCCUUCCGCUGUAAGAUGAGCUCGUUGGUGCUUAAACUAACGAUUAAGACAACGUGACAUGCACCAGCCUCUUUGUAGUUAGGCGGCGUGGUCUGGUUUCAGCGCAUGAAUUAAAAACGGAUUUUAAUCGCAACAAUGACCAUGAUAUGACCGGUUACACCAAAACAACUGGGUAUAGUUUGGGACUCAAACUACGUAUGAAAAAUAAAUCGGUUCUUAAAAGCUUUUAAAGAUACGACGCCACUUAAAAUGGUCACAAUUGUUCUACAAAGAAUAGGAGUUGGUAAUGAUGGAAUGUCAGCCAUACGUGUUUUCCAGGGAAGAUGGGGGCGGGGCAGUAUUUACCCGAGACCCAUACACCGAAAAUAAACCUGCGAGAGAACCUACGACAGAGAUAGAGAGAGAGGGGAGGAGGGAGGUAGAGCGAGCACGAGAGUGAGAACGAGCGGGCGCUAGAGAGAGGGAGAAGGAGCGCGUCUGCGUUGCAAUGGAAUAAAAACUGCGCAAUUUCAAAUCUCCAGCACUUAUUUGAUCCCGCUUUCUUUACAAAAUAAAGCUCUGCUCUUCCCUGCAGCUUCGCCUGAUGUAGAAUGGAUAUACAAGCGUGAUUCCAGUCGCAUUGUGAAUUUAUUUUGCGUUAGAGAUACUCGGAUUAGCGAUUUUAUAAACUGAUGUUGAGAGCAGCCGUGUUGUCAUUUUAGGAACACGUAGCUAGUUAGCCAGCUAUAUGAUACGACUGGCCAUACAUGAAGACAAGGACGGCUGUUUCGCCUGCCAAGAAUUGUAGCUAUAUUAAUUGCUACAACGUUACGCGUAAUGAUGUAUGUAAACGUUCAAACUGUAGCAACGGUUUCGUAAUGUAUCUGCGUGUACGCCUGUGCUCGUGCAGACAUUUUAAAAUGCAUAUGGAUUUUUGGAUGCACAAUCCUAUUACAUAAUUUUGGGGGUACGUUUUAAGGCUGCGUGGCUGCAUGACUGUCAAUCACGAAGGAAAAAUGAAGAUACGGAGUGCAUUUUUAAUCUGCUAAAAUAUUUAAGGAUCAUGACCAUGGUACCUCCCAAACGAAUUCAGCGUUUCACGCCAGUGCAUAACCAAAAAACGCACGCAAACAAUCACAACUGUGAAAUGGCACCCUGGACAACCACUAGAAAUGCUCUCACCCCCAAUUCGCCAAUGAGAGAAGGGGUGGUCUGGCAUUGUGGAAAGGCUGGCGGGUGGGUGCUCUUCUGUGAAGAUGGGACCGCAAGCUUCGGCCAAUCGGAGAAGCCGGAAUGUUGCGGUUGGGCGUGGCCUUUGGAACUGGAUUGGAAUGGCUGAUCGAGAAGGCCGGUCAUAAUGUUGACAAGGACAGGGAUGUGUACUUGUGGGGACCUGCUGAGAGGGUAGAUCCUGAGGCACCCUUCCUGCUCUUCGUCCCCGGAGACCUGCACAGAGAAUUCUCCUUGGUGAAACGCGGAGUGAGGAAUACCGACGGUGAAGACUCGUGCUGUAGCCUACUUGUAAGACGAGUUCUUACAGUUUUGAUAAGAGAGACGCACAGCUGACCGAAUCCCGGCCGAGAUGAUUGGCUACUAGAAGCCGGAGCUGAGACGUGAUUGGCUGCGAUCGUGGGUUGCGGGUUGUUGCCAGUCGAUGCUAAUCUGAGCGCUGACUUGCAGGCUCCGAGCGGCUGUGAGCAGAAGGCGGACAGACAGUGAGACAGACACAGGCAGACGGACAGGCAGACGGACGGUCUACCCUAGGUGUUGGGGUGCGGCCCUCUCAGUGCUGCAGUGGAGGGCUUCACGGACUCAGCUAGUGUGGCUGGAUGCAUCACCCAGCGGAGCAGUUUGGUGGGCGAGGCACACGGGACUCUUUCCCUCUGGACAGUCUGAACCGAGCACCAUGGGCUCCCGUGGGCGGGCGUGCCUGGGCCCCUCCCCCCAGGUGCUCUUCCAGUGCCAGUCAGCCCCUCCCCCACUUACCCCCGGGUCACAUGACCGGCCCGAACCAUCCGAGUAAAUUUUUUAAUAAUGGGCCGCCGGUUCGAGGCCCGGACAAGCUGGAGCUGUCCCAGGCCGUGGGGUCGGCGCUCCAGAGGGAGCAGCGGCAGCCCCGUCUCUGGGAGCAGCUGGGGCACCUGUACGAGCAGGACGGCCCCAAACCCGACGACCCCGCCCGCUCCUACCCGGGUCCCGCCCGGCCCCACAACGGCUACGCCGCCGGCCCUGGCCCCGGGGGCCACUUCGCCCCCCGCCCCAACCAGCUGCUGAGGUUUGGGAGCCCCCACCAGCAGCACGGUGCCCGGAACAGCGCCCCCCUUGGCGAGGUGUGA